CAUUCUUGAUUUCUGAAAUUUUAGAUUAAAAAUUAAAAAACAAUUCAAGUUACAAGUUUAAUGUUUAUUAUUUAAUCGUCUAAUCGUUAAAGCCACUCGUCCAGAAUUUAGAUUAUUUAAUUUGUAGUAUUUGUACAAUAACAUUUUACGAAAAUGUCUUUCGAGUAAUGAAAUUAAUUUUCAUAUAAAUAACAUACAGUGAUGGCAUCUAGUCGAGGUAUUCAGAUUGGUUCUGCGUGGUACCAAUGCAAAAUUAAUUUACGUCCACAACAUAGAGGUGUACAUUUAGUAACAGAAGAAAUAUUGAAACAAGUUUCUGAGAUAUCUCAAUUUUCCGUCGGGUUGUGUCAUAUUCAAAUUUUGCAUACAUCAGCGAGUUUAGCGAUCAAUGAAAGUUGGGAUCCCAAUGUUCGGGAUGAUAUGGAGAUGAUGUUAAAUAAAAUUGUACCAGAAGGUUUACCAUACAGACAUUCGUGUGAAGGUCCUGACGAUAUGCCAGCACACGUGAAAGCAUGUUUUUUGGGAUCAUCGAUCACUAUUCCCAUUACUGAGGGAAAACUUAAUCUUGGCACAUGGCAAGGUAUUUGGCUGUGUGAACACCGAAAUCAUGCAGGCAGUCGAAAAUUAGUUAUUACGUUAAAUGGUUCACCUAAUUCUUCGGCAGGCGACUGUAAUAGGUCGCCAAACUCUCCGUCCUCUCCAAUGGCCUCGUUAAGCAGUUAGGCGCGAAAAAUUAACUUCUAUAAAGAAAAAUAGACAUUUUAACCAAAUUUUCUAGAAAUUUUUGUUAGUUGCCUGUUGCCUCUAGUCAAAUAUUAAAUAAG